GUCACGUGGUGCUGCAGGACAUGGCGGGCGCUAACGGUGAUGAUGGCAGGAGGGACAGUGUCUGAGAAAAUGAAGACGCGCGGCGCGGCGUUCCUCCGGUCGGGCGCCUGAUCGCGGCUUCCACCGGCCGAGGGGAGGGAACUCCCCUGACCAUGGAGCACAUCAUAACGCCCAAGGUGGAAUAUGUGAAGCUGCUUGACCGGUUUACUUCUAAGAAACCAACACUGGGAACGCUUUACUUGACUGCAACACAUCUGAUAUUUGUAGAAUCUUCAUCAGAGGUCCGCAAAGAGACAUGGAUCUUGCACCAUCAUAUUUCAGCAAUAGAGAAGCUUCCCCUUACUUCUGCAGGGUGUCCAUUGUUGAUUCAUUGCAAGAACUUCAGAGUUGCACACUUUGUUAUUUGUCGAGAACGUGAUUGCCAUGAUGUUUACAGUUCACUUCUCAGACUGUCACAGCCAGUGGAGUAUGAGGAACUUUAUGCUUUCUCGUACAACCCUAAACGGAAGGAAAUGGACAGAGGCAGAGGUUGGAAAAUGAUAGAUUUAAGGGAAGAAUUUCACCGAAUGGGAGUACCUAAUGAACACUGGGAACAGACUGAUGUAAAUGAAAAUUAUGAGACCUGUAAUACUUAUUCAGCAAUUCUGUAUGUACCAAGAGAAGCCACCAAGCCAACAAUAGUGGGCAGCUCAAAGUUCAGAAGUAAAGGACGAUUUCCUGUUCUUUCUUACUUUUUCAAGGAAAACAAUGCUGCCAUUUGUAGGUGUAGUCAGCCACUGUCAGGAUUCAGUGCCAGGUGUGUGGAAGAUGAACAAAUGCUACAAGCCAUCAGCAGGUCCAAUCCCGGAAGUUCUUUCGUAUAUGUGGUAGAUACUAGACCAAAGCUGAAUGCCAUGGCAAAUAGAGCUGCUGGGAAGGGGUAUGAAAAUGAAGAUAAUUACUCCAACAUUAGGUUCCAGUUUGUUGGUAUUGAGAACAUACAUGUGAUGAGGAACAGUUUGCAAAAGCUUUUAGAAGUAUGUGAGCUGAAAAUGCCUUCAAUGAGUGACUUUCUUACGGGCUUGGAAAAUUCUGGGUGGCUGCGACAUAUUAAAGCUGUCAUGGAUGCUGGUUUAUUUCUAUCAAAGGCAGUGGCUGAAGAACAUGCGAGUGUGUUGGUCCACUGUUCUGACGGAUGGGAUCGUACUGUUCAAGUUUGCUCAUUGGCUGGCCUUCUCUUGGAUUCCUACUAUCGGACAGUAAAGGGAUUUAUGGUUCUUAUAGAAAAAGAAUGGAUCUCUAUGGGACACAAAUUUUCUCAAAGAUGUGGCCAUUUAGAGGGUGAUCCCAAAGAAGUUUCACCUGUGUUUACCCAGUUUAUUGAAUGUGUCUGGCAUCUGAUGGAACUUCCAUGUGCUUUUGAGUUUAAUGAGAAGUAUCUGCUGGAGAUCCAUGACCACAUCUACUCUUGCCAAUUUGGUAACUUCAUUGGAAACUCCCAGAAAGAACGUCAGGAGUUAAAAAUACAAGAAAGGACUCAUUCCUUGUGGCCGUUCCUACUGGAAAAGCAAUACCAGUACUGGAAUCCCCUGUAUAAACCCAGUGCAAUAAAAUACUGUGUUAAAACCCAAUACUGCCCUUUUAACUUCAGGUUCUGGUGUGGAAUGUAUAAUCGUUUUGAUAGAGGAAUGCAACCAAAACAAUCAGUUCUAGAUUCUCUACAAACUGCAAUGAAACAGAAAUCAGAACUGGAAGAAACUGUAGAAGAUCUGAAUCAGAAACUUCUUCAUUUAGAUGAAUCACACUCUGAUAGUCCUUUCACCUUACCAAUGAAGCUUUCUACUGGGGAACGUACUCCACAGAUCCAAGUACUUAAUGCUUCUCAGGACAAUACAGAAGAACAGAAAGUUCCACUAGCAAAUGGCAUGGAGAAGUUAGUAGAAACUAUUUCUGAUGGGAUCAAAGAAAGGGAAAAUGUAAUGGAUUCUUCACUUACGCACGAGUCUGCUUCAAAUCACAUCGACUCCCUUGCGUUAGUCAAAUUGAACAUACAAGGAGAUGAAGAACACCGUGAAAUAUUUCAAGAUAAGGAUGAAAAAUAAUUACUCAUUUUAAAACAAUUUGUAUAUGUGUUUGUUCCCAAAUAUAUUUGUUCUUGAUAUUUUUAUAUCAUUCUGCAAGAGUGUCAAAAAGGGAAAAUGCCAAGAAACAGCAGUGUAACAGAAAUAUAUUCCAGGAUUAGAAAGGGAUUCUCAGUGCUUAAAUCACAUUAUUUACUUCAGAGAGACAAUUUUAUAAAAAUCACACUCUUCGUGUGAAAACUUAUCCAUUAGGAGGCCCUAGUGGAUAUUUAGGUGAAUGUCCAUAAUGGAUGGGAAAUCGUGGUUACCUUGGCCCUGAAUUCUAGUGGUGAGGCUCCUGAAUUCCUGAUAUGUUCCUAGUGAUGAGGCUCAGAUGUUAUAAUCUGUCCAGUUAUUGCAAGCCUGUUUUAUUGUAUUUCUCAACUUUUAAAGGUCCAUUCUUGGCAAGUAGCUUCGUUGUAUUAUUUUAGAAUUUUACUACUGAAGAAACCACUUUGGGUGUGGUAAGGCCUUUUAGAAACCCAAAUUGGCUGCUUUAUAUAUUGAGUAUAACCAAUAUGUUUUCUAAAAUUGGAAAUUAUUAAGUUUUAGAUUUAAUACUUAAUAAACAGAUUAUGAUUGUUUUCCCCUCUUUCAUUAUCUUCAGGUUUUUCCCCACAGCUGCCUUUCUAUGACACAUUUUUUGAUAUGGCUUUACGCCUGUCACCAGCUUUGUGAUAUUUUGGCUAAUUGGCAGUUCAUUGUGUAAGCCAGUAAGACAAAUUAUUCUCCAGUUAUAUUCAAAUCUAAUUGUGUUCUCACCAUAUCUCCACACUUGCAUUUACCAUCUAGAGUUGAUGCAAAGUGUUUAGAGAUAGGAACGCGAGCAGCUGAAGUACUAUCAUUAAAUGUUAUGAAUUGACUCUGGAUAGGAUUUAGAGAUAGGACCUCAGCUAAGGCCUGCUACUGUCUCAUCUAUGAUCAAGUAACUCAGCACAAGAAAGGGAAUUCAUCCAGGCUUUAGUGUGGAAAGACCCUUAUGGGUUUGGUCACUGGAGGAAAUCGUAAUUAACUUAUUUUUGCAGAGUGCUUUGUAAGUGGGUUGUAAUAUCAUUCUGCCAAUUAUGAACGGUAUCAAAAGUUUUCACAGUUCUUUCAAUGUGAUUGUGAGAUAUUAUCACUUGAUAUUGCCUAUUGAAAAGUAGCUCUGGUGCUAUAUUUGCUGCAUAGUUAGUGCUGAUUUCUUACUUCAUUGGGCAUUAGAAAUAUGAAAUCUUUUUCAUGAGGCUCAACAAAAAGUUUAUUUUCUAAUCAUUAAAGAGUUGUCAUUUGUAUUUUUAAUGUGUUUGGUUUAUUGUUUUCUAUCAUUUAUUGUCUGAAGUUGGACUCCAGGUUAUUCAAAUUCUGAACUUACUUUAUUAUUUGCUAUGCCUCCAGAUUCAGUUAUCUAAUCUCUGUAACCCUUUGCAAUGCCAAACCUAAGUUAGUGCCCCAGGAAGUCAUUCAGAGGCUAUUUUUUGCGAUUCUUUUGGGGGCAAUGGUCUGGAGAUUUAUAAUGUGAAAGAUUGUUUGCCAGAUGUGCAGUGUUCUUGUCCACUGGUGUUGUAUGCUGUCAGUAGCAGAUUUUCCCUCAGAAUCCAGUCAGCAGCAAAUGAAUAAACAUUAACUGCAAGUGUUGUUAAGCUUCAGCUUCCCUAAAGCCUUUAUUUCAAGACCAUUUGUCACACAAUUUCUUUUUGCAGCAAGUGUACAGAAUUUUGUGAUUUAAAAUGGAUCAUAAUUUGUCACGAUGAGUAUUGUCCAUAUAUACAUGUGUAAGAGGAGACUUUUGGUUCAUGUUUUAAGGGUAGAAAGGAGGAUGCUUGCUUAAAUAUGAGUCAUUGUGAUGGAGAUUACCGGGUUCAUAUUUGGGAGUGCAUUAAUUUGCUAACCAGGUCCUGCUCUCCUUUCCUUCUCUGUCUAUUGACUUGUACCAAGAGAUCACAUUGCUGCAAAUGAGAAGAAUUUGGGCCACUUUAUCUUUUGAUACUGAGUCAGUACAUGUACUAUUGAAAAUAGUUGGAUUGGAGAAGGCAUUUUUUAAAGAACAUUUAAAGUGAGAUCUGACUAAACUUUUUGGAACCAUACCACAACCAUAGACAGAUAUGGUAGCAUUAUAGUUAAAUCAGCGGGGGACUGGAAAAUUGAUCUCAUCAGAUGAGUUUGAAACCCACAAUGGCAGUGAGUGAAUUUAAUUCAAGUAAUUAAAUACAAUCUAAAAUGAAAAGCUAUUAUCGGUAAAUGAUCACCAUGAAAUCACCAGAUUGUUGUAAAGUCCCUUUAUGUCCUUAAGGGAAGGAAAUCUGGCAUCCUUCCCCAGUAUUGGCUACAUGUGACUCAAAGCACAUUGUGAUAUGGUUAACUGUCCUCUGAAGUGAUUUUUUUAAACCACUCUAUCCAGGGGCAAUUUGUGCUGGCUGUGAACGCUGGCCUAGCCAGUGACACCAAUAUCCUUUGAAUGAAUAAAUAAAAUUAGGAGGAAGAAGCUUACCUAUUUUGCUAAAUUAUUUCAAUACCCAGGACAAUUGUUUUAAUGUAACUUAUGAAUAUAAUAAAUAUGCAAAAUAGUUUGACUAUAAGAAUGUGUGGAAUGUAUGAUUUAGAUAUGGUUUUACAUACCAAUUUUUCAGACAAACUUUUUGUCAGUGGGAUCUUGAAUGUCAAAGGAAAAGCUAUGAAAUACUUGGAAAUCUUUUUAUAAAAUAGCUCCAGUUUCCUUUGCACAUUUCUUGAAACUGCUAACCAGUGUUCUAUUCAAUAUGAAUACAAACAUCUGCUUUGCCGAUGGCUUCAACCAAGAUGUAGGAUUCCAGAUGAUGUUAACGAUCUAAUCGACUGCUGGUGGGGACGAGCCAGAUUCUGUGCUCACUUGACAUUCUACAGAGACAUUCCCUUCCUUGGGGUGCCAAGGGACUUUACAGCACUUUGCAACCAAUCUAGAUUAAAUGAGAUAACGCAGAACAGACUUGGAAUCAUCCCAAGAUCUUGUGCUAUUAAUGGUUUUGUUAGCCAUCUAUCUUGUUGUAUGUAUUUCUUUCUUAAACAUUUAAUAGACUGUGCCACGUUUGAAUUUUACUUUUGAACAGCAUUUAAGGUAAUUGAUUAAAGUACCUACUAAGCAAAAUGAAAGCAAUCAAAAGAGAUUUUAUAGAAAACGAUUCUUGAAAAUGUUCCCUCAUAAGAGUCAUAGAGCAAUACAGCACAGAUACAGGCCCUUCGGGGCAACCAGUCCAUGCUGACCAUGGUACCCACCCAGCUAGUCCGAAUUUCCUGCGUUUGGCUCAUAUCCCUCCAAGCCCCACCCCUCCAUGCACCUAUCCAAGCACUUCUUAAAUGAUACUAUUGUAUCUGCCUGAUUACUUCCUCUGGCAGCUUAUUCCAUAUACUCACUGCCCUCUGCAUGAAAAAAGUUGCCCCUCAAGUCCCUUUUGAAUCUUUCCCCCUCACCCUAAGCCUAUGCCCCCUAGUUUUAGACUCACCUACCCUGGGGAAAAGACUGUUACCAUCCACCCUAUCUAUGCCUCUCAUAAUUUUAAACAUUUCUAUAAGGUUGCCCCUCAUUCUCCUAAUUUCCAAGGAAUAAAGACCUAGCCUGACCAACCUUUCCCUAUAACUCAGACCCUCUAGUCCUGGCAACAUCCUCAUAGGUCUUUCAGAAGUAGUCUUCAGAUCAAAAUUGAUCAGUAAGAUAAUCCAUUUCUGCCUAUGGAUCAAUUUAAAACUGUUACCUUUUAUUUGUGAUGUAAUUUAGUUGCAGACCACCAUAUCAUCUGUGCUGCCUGGAUUGGAUAGUAUGUCACAUGCCGCUGGAGAACUGAUCAAGGCUGUGACUUAAACUAAAACAUUGAUGUACAAUGUUUUAUCUCAGAUUUCCAAGAUCCAUAUUUUUUCCUUUGUUUUGGUGUAGAGGUUGAUAUUGCAUAUUGUUUAUAAAAUGAAUCCUUGCUGUUGCUGCUCAAAUUUAUCCAAUUAUUAAGUAAACAAGCAAAACUACCCUCUAGGAUUGCACAGCACUUUCAUAUUGUCACACUGAAUUAUUAAGAUGUUUAAUGACUGGCUCAAUAAUGUAUUUUUCUAUUACUGCAUUUGAAUGGUUGUGUUAUUUAAUUUAUCUCUUAACACAAAACUGAAAUGUUGUCAUUUUAAUACCUGUUUCACCUGGUAUUAAUGUUUUGGAAUUGAUUGUUCAGCCAUUUUAAAUUGUUCCUGUCUGUACUUUCUUAACUUCAACCUUCUACAAAAGGAGUGUGUAAUUCGUUUAUUUUCUUAAACUUAAUAUAGUAAUUUUGAAGGUUUUUCUUUUCAAAAAAUCUUGACAAACUGUCCUGGAAACAUUCAGAAAAGAAAAUACAAAUAUUAGGUUGGAUUUUGCUAUAUAGACAUCAAUGCAGCAUGAGCUGAAAGGCGUGUUGUUUCCUGUGUAUCCUGUUAUCUUGCCAACUGUACCCCAUCCCUUCCUGUCCUGUUGAUUUCUUGACAGUUUAGUUCCAUAAGCACCAGAUGUCUUCUGCUAUCAUGAAUAAUAUCAGAAUUUGAACAAAGCAUUCUUGGUAAUUGUUGGUAUUAUGUCAGGAUGAGAUGUGAUCAGAUAUAUAUUAAUGUUUAUGCUCUUCCAGUAGAAUUAAGAUACUGAUCAUAGAAGAAACUGAUUUUUGCUAUUUGUAAUUAGAGGAGCAGGGUAUAAUGUCAUUUGUACAAAUCUGUAACUAUAACCUGCUUGAAACAAGGCUGAAGUUCAUUUCUGGAUUACAUGGGAAUCAGACAACAAAAUGGAGUUAUCCAUAGCCUCACCAGCAAACACCGAACAUUAAAGAUCAGUUAUCUAUCGUCUUAUUGAAUGACAAAGUGGGCUUGAGAGGCUAUAUGGACUUUUUCUUCUGUCCCUUUCGUUCAUGUCUUUUAUGGGAAUUAAACACAAGACAGGUUCAAGCAAAGAAAUUUUGCCCAUUAUAAAUACUACCAUUGAGGAAAGUCUGUUUCCCUUAAACUAUUUUUUUUCAUUUUUCCUUUGACAAUUCCUCCUCCUCUACCCUCAUAAUAGACUUGCUGGGGCAUCUUUUCACAGCUCCUCUGGUGCCCCUCUUUACUUGCCUUGUGUUCUCAAUGAAUUUUGAGCAAGGUGAAUUUCUGAUCUGCCUUGAUGCCCACUUCUUUCAUCAUGAGCUUUAUUUUCCCCUGCAGGUGAAACUUUUUCCUUCGUAUCUCAAGAAUUUUUGUUCAGACAGGACCCUUCUGACUUUUUACCCCUUCUAGAUAGAGUCAUUGAGAGCUAAUGGGGUGACAAUGGUGGUAUCAGUUUUUCUGCUCCCUCAUUCUGAUUUAACAUCCCUUUGACCUUGCAGCAAUCUAUUCUUUCCCCUGAUAUUGUCAAUAAACCUGCUAACUGGGGCUAUAUUAUUUCUGCUUGCCAAACUUUUGUCUACCUGACAGUUAUAUCCACCUCCUAUUACCUCACAUGGGGUUAUAACCCCACCAGCAAAUACAAACAUUACACUCCAUUCCCUCUGGCAAUCUCCACCCAAAGAGUCUUUCCAUGGUCUCCAUGAUCACCACCAAUUCCACAAUCCCAUAUGAUCCUAUUCUCUCUCAUUCUCAAGAUUCAUAGGCAGGAUUGUCCUAGCAGACCCUCAUUUCAACCAUUUUUUGGGUCUCAGAAUUAUUUCUUACUAUCUCAACUUUAUUUUUGCUUUAUUUAUCCAGUUGCAUAUGAUCUACAUCUACCACUCUUCUGACACCCACCAGCAUUAAAAAUAAAUCCUGUAUUUCACAGUCAUUUUUUUUCAUUAUGAGUAUUCAGUACCUCAACAGCUUCAUCCACCUCCAGGAUGGCAUUAUUAUAUUCUAUCCAUUGUUGCCACUUGCAUGGCUGAACUUAUUCUUACAUUGAGCAACUUGUCUCUAUUUGCUUUCUCCAAAUAAAUGUAACCAUGGGUCUUAGGUAUGUUUGCCUUUUUGUGGGAUUUGUGGAACUUGCUACUCAGAAACUUCCCUUGAAUCGUAAUGAUGUCAUCUUGUUUUGCAUCGUGCAUCCUUAACCAGAACAUUUCAUCAAUUGUUUUAAAUUUCUGUCCCAGCCUUGACUUCACAUGAUCAAUCUGUGAUUCUUCCCUGUUUUUUGUAUUCCAGUUCCUGGGGAUAAAUACUCAACCAACAAGUACUAUAAUCCUGCAAGUACAUUGAUUACUAUUCUACCCACCCUGCUUUCUGUAAGGACUCCUCUCCCUUUUAUUUUAAUUCUUCUGCAUCAUAUCUGCUCUGAAAUCUCCUGCACCAGUACUUCUGAUGCCAACCAGGUCCUUGAGCCUGUUUCAUCAUGCAGCUGGAUUCUGACUGAUUUGCAUCUUAACUUUGUCUGCCCAUCUUAGUUCCAGACCCACAAGGCACUUGUCUAACAACAAGCCAAUGUUGUCAGUUGACUUUGAUUCCACUGUUUUUCAGGGAAGAUUAUAUCAGUUUAUCACUGACAUGAGGAAGUAAUUCUUGAUGUAACCCAUGAAAACCUUUUCCAUUGUUCUGGACUCUCCCACUGUGAGUCACACACACAAUUUGAUGAAGUAGUUGGAACUCAACUUUCGACACUAGGUUUGACUAUGCAAUAAUCUUAAUUUUAGGGAUAUGGACUCAAUGCUGCACACUUUCACUGCAAAAUGUACACUUACCCCUUGUGGUCAGACACACUUCCUUAGUUGUGUUUAAUUAGAAUUAAUUUUUGUGGGGGAGGGAAGACAAGGCAAUCCUCUUCAGUUUUGUAUUUGAAACCAAUUUCAGAAUCAGAUUUGUAACAUCUGGUAAGUUUUCACAAACACUGAAAUACUUUAUCAUAGAUAGUGCUGGCAGCCCAAGUUGCCAUUCUUUACACAUUACAUUGGACAAGAAGGAUUGCAAGAUAUUUAAUCAUUCCUGACCUCCCCCCACCGGCCCCACCAAACACACACACACACAUUCCAGUUAAGAACACAGGGCUGUCAUCUGUGAAAGUAAUCCUGUCAGUUUUUUUUAAAGGUUUUGAGAUCACAUGUAAUCUGUUGAGAUCAUCUUAUUCAGUGUAAAACAAAACUAGAACCCAGCACCUAAUGGUUCAAUUACAUCCUGCCUUUACCAACUAACACUGAGAGAAGAUCUGUAAUGAGAGAUGUAUAAGAAUAUUAUCACAAGACAACUUUUGUUCAUUUGUGUGUGCUGAAAAGGAAUGUCAUAAAGUUGCUCAAUAUAUUUCAAGAAUGUUUUGUGAAUCAAGUCAUGGAAUAUUUUGUAUAAGACUUUACUUAUCUUUUUGAUUCUUCUUUGUAAGCAGUGAAAUAUUCUUUUUGUAAAUGUAUUUAAAAGUAUACUGUGUUUAUCGAA